AUGGGUGGCUACGUCAGCACAGAGAACGCCGCGCCCGCCGCAGAGGUCGAGACCGAAGAAAUGAAGUCGUAUCUCAGCGCCCUGCCCUCCAAGCACCUAGAGCCCUUGUGGUCUCAAAUGAACGUCAUGGUUCCGCAAAGCCCGAGCCCCACUGCGAAGGCGCACAUGUGGAAGUACGAAGAGGCAUUGCCUUACUUGCAAACGGCGGGUCGGCUGGUACCAGAGGAGAAGGCCGAGAGACGAGUGUUGAUGCUGGUGAACCCGAGCAUGACAUCACCAUAUACCACAGACACCAUCUACGGUGGCUUGCAACUAGUCAAUCCCGGCGAAACAGCCCCAGCGCACCGGCACAUUGCCUUUGCAUGCCGCUUUAUCAUCGAUGGAGAGGGAUUCACAGCUGUGGAGGGCCAGAAGAUGCCUCUCGUCCGUGGCGAUGUUGUAGUAACGCCGCCAUGGCACUGGCAUGAUCACGGAAACGAGAGUAGCAGCCCCGUCAUCUGGUUGGAUAUGCUGAACCUCCCGCUCUUCCGGUAUGCUCCGGUCCACUUUGCCGAGGGCUACGCCAGCCCGAGAUAUCCCAGCACUGCUACUGACCCUUGCGAGUGGCGUCACCCCUGGGGUCCCGUCGAGACUGCCCUCAACGCCACUGAGGACAAGUACGCCAUCUACCACUACCGUGGAAAAGAUGGCAAGCCCCUCUCCAACAUCCUCGGCGUGCAAGCAGAGCGCCUCAACCCGGGAACGACGGUGGAAUCACAAGAGCCUACCUCGUACAUCUACCACUGCUACCAGGGCAAGGGCCGUACCGAGGUGCAAACGCCGUCUGGCCAGACCGUUGUGUUUAACUGGAUAUCUCGCGAUACCUUUGCGGUUCCUGCGUGGUCCAAGAUUAAGCACUUCAACAAGUCGGACAGUGAGAAGGCGUACCUCGUCGCGUGUCACGAUGGGCCAUUCUUGGAUUGCCUGGGAUUGAGGAGGCCGAAUUAG